AUGUCGCUUCUUCCACAUGUAUUCGGUUACGACUGGCCCCGCCGUCCAAGCAGAUUGUUGGACCAGGAUUUCGGCCUUGCUCUAACACCAGACGAUAUGUUAACGGUUGUGGCCGCUCCGCUGGUCUCUCAAGACUACUACCGCCCUUGGAGACAGCUUGCCGCUGCUGCACGAGACGUUGGCUCUAGCAUCAAGGCCGAUAAAGAAAAGUUCCAAGUCAGCCUAGACGUCCAGCAUUUCUCCCCUGACGAAAUAACCGUCAAGACGGCCGAUGGUUUCAUCGUGGUGGAAGGUAAACAUGAGGAAAAGAAAGAUGAACAUGGAUACAUUUCCAGGCAAUUCCUUCGCCGAUAUGCCUUACCUGAUGGAUGUCGACCUGAGUCUGUGGAAUCUCGUCUCUCAUCUGAUGGCGUAUUAACCGUCACCGCACCCAGGGUUCAGGAUAUUACAAAGAAUGAGAGGCAUGUUCCAAUACAACAAACCGGUCCCGUUAAAAAGGAAAUAAAGGAUAAUUCGAAGGAAGAAGAAAAGGAAGUGAAUGGGAAAAAAGAAUAG